AUGAGUUCAAUCUCGCACCAGGUAUCUUCAGAGACUUCGCCUAGUGUCUACAGUGCCAAGUUUAAUGCAGAUCUUGAAAAUAAACUUCCAACUGUGCCAGAGGCUUCGUUUGACUCCUAUGUGAACCAACAUAAGGAUGAAUGCCUCCCAGGUACACGAACUGAUAUCCUUGACAAGAUUAAAAAAUGGUAUUCUUCACCACACCAAGAAGACGUUUUCUGGCUAAAUGGGACUGGGACGGGAAAGUCGACCAUUUCACGCACUAUCGCGAAAUUUCUCAGAGCAAGCUUCUUCUUUGAGAGAGGUGACGGUGACAGGGGCAAUGCAAGGAAGCUUUUCCCAACAAAUGCAAGGCAAUUGGCAAUCAAUAAUGCUCUCCUGUUGCCAAAGAUCCGCGAAGCAAUUCAUGACAAUCCCGACAUUGCAGAGAAGGGUAUGCGGGGGCAAUUCGAUAAACUUAUUCUUAAACCUCUUCAAAAGCUUAACACGCUCAAGCAAGAUGACCGCUCUAACGUCUCAUCUUAUAUCAAUGUCAUUGUUAUUGAUGCAUUAGAUGAAUGCGAGGGAGAUAGUGACAUUCGUCUCAUACUACAACUCCUUCCACAAAUUCACGACUCAGAUACUGCUACAUACCCAAGAGUGCUUUUGACCAGCAGGCCCGAUUUACCAAUUCGCCUCGGGUUCUCAAAGCUUGUAAGACAGAAUUACAAGGAUUUUAGUCUCCAUGACAUCCCCUUAGAGGUCAUCGAGAAAGACAUUUCCUUGUUCUUCAAUCAUCGCUUCGAAGAGAUCAUAACAGAUCGUUUCCUACCUACACAAUGGCCUGGCGAGAGCGACUUUGAUCGACUGGUGGCGUUAUCUGUCCCAUUAUUCAUUUUCGCUGCGACCAUUUGUCGUAUAUUCUCGUGGUCAUAUGAUUGCACGGUGUGCAUCUAUGAUUGCACGGUGUGCCUCUGGAAUCUGGCUGCGGAUACAAUCUCAAAUGUUUGGCGUUCGGAAAAAAUUUACGAUAUUUCGGCUUUCUCCCGCGGCAGUUUCUACUUCAAGCCUGGUUGGCGAUUCUCGCAAGUUGAA